AUGUCUCAGCUUACUCACGCCCGCUACGGCAAGGACAACGUCCGUCUCUACAAGGUCGACAAGGACCCUAACACCGGUGUCCACACCGUCGUUGAACAAACAGUCUGUGUCCUACUUGAGGGAGACAUUGAGACUUCCUACACCAAAGCAGACAACUCUGUCAUAGUCGCGACCGACACGCAAAAGCAAACAACCUACAUACUCGCAAAACAAAACCCUAUCGACCCGCCCGAGCAAUUCGCUGCCAUCAUUGGCGACCACUUCGUCAAGACCUACCCUCACAUUCACGCCGCGCACGUCAAGAUCAUCCAGCACCGAUGGACGCGCAUGACUAUCGACGGAAAAGCACACCCACACUCGUUCUUCCGCGACGGUGAAGAGACUCGCGUGGUCGAAUCCGUGACCCGCGAGAACGAGGGUGUCUCUAUUCGCUCCAAGAUUGAGAAGCUCCUUGUUCUGAAGAGCACAGGGUCAGCAUUCCAUGGCUUCCACCGUGACGAAUACACGCGUCUGCCCGAAACAUGGGACCGCAUUUUGAGUACAGAGGUUGAAGCUGGCUGGCAAUGGAAGCUGUUCAAGAACCUGGAUGAGGCCAAGGCCGUAGACUUCAACAGUGCCUGGACCGCGGCAAGGGAUAUCACUAUGAAGGUCUUCGCCGAGGAUGAUAGCGCCAGUGUGCAAGCAACUAUGUACAAGAUGUGCGACCUGAUCUUGGCCGCUGUUCCUCAGGUGGACGCUGUGGACUAUGCGCUGCCCAACAAGCACUACUUUGAAGUCGAUCUCUCGUGGCACAAGAGCAUCAAGAACACAGGCAAAGACGCCACUGUCUUUGCUCCUCAAUCGGACCCCAACGGUCUGAUUUUCUGCACUGUUACUCGCAAGGGUACCAAGUCGAAGUUGUAG